AUGAAUUUCGACCAAAGAGGCGCGCCGCCUCAAGGGAAGGUGACGUUCACGAUUCCCGGUGAGAAGCUGAACGAACUCUGGUGGCGCGAUCAAUUCACCAGCUCAAGCGAUGUUCUGGUCUAUCUGCCCAAAACGGAACUCAGAUCGAUUUCCGCUCAGGACUUCGAGGUGUAUCUGAUCGCAGUUGAUGUGCCUGUCAUCGAGGAAUACCUGGAACGCUGCGGCUUCAGGGAAAUUGAGCUUGCAAGAUUUCCGAGUGUCUUUCGAGCGCCUGACCACGUCCUGCGAAAUGCCAGGGCGGUUCUCGGUCGGCUUGGCCGGCAUCCGCGUUUUGUGGAUCCAUGCUCGCUGGAUGCACUUGUGGAAGAGCUCGUCACUUGCUGGGUGAUGCAGACAGGUCUUCAGCCACGACAAGUGGCGCCCAGUUCCUCGCGCUUCGUGAUCGAAGAGAUCCUCGCUUCGAUAGCAUCCGGAGACGCUGCAGACAUCCGGAUCUCGACCCUCUGUCAGAAGGCCAACAUCUCGCGGCGCGCACUCGAAAUCGCGUUCCAUGACAAGUUCGGCACCGGACCGUCGGCAUUCCUGAAAUCCGCCCGCCUGGCGCAAGCGCGCAGAAAGCUGCAGACAGCUUCGGAAGCAGCGCGGUCCAUUGCCGACAUUAUGGACGAGGCGGGAUUUUCCCAUGUCGGACAAUUUGCGCUCGACUAUCGCAAGAUGUUCGGUGAAAGACCGUCUGAUACCGUGAAACGGUACUCCUGA